GUGUGGUUGUGUGCGUGUGUGUAUUUAUCUAUUUGUAACAGUAACACAUUUGCAAUUUUGGUGGAUUCGCAUGCGGCUGUCUGGGUAAAAGAAAUGCUUUUUUUUUAAAUUUAGGGUAUGUUUUAACAAAUUGAAAUUUCGCAAACACUUAUUCAAAUAUAUGUUCUACAUUUCGGUAAAAUGCAAAAAGAAAUAUUUCUUCAGAUGUUUACAAUUUCAACAGACACAUUAUUUUGUUUAGUUGUUGUUAUUUUAGAUUAAAAAAUGUAUUUAGGUAAAAUAAAAGUAAUUAUUAAGUAAAAUGUGCGCAUUCAAUUUUUUUAUUUUAGAUCGAUCUCUCAAAAAAAAAAUUGAUUAAAACAAUUUUAGUGUAGAAGCUAUAGGCGAAAUUGUUGGGAAAGAAUAUUAUGAUGUGUGUUUACGAGUUUUAAUUAGUUUGAUAACUCUCUUCCCUCAUUUGACUUGGUGACGUAUUUUAUUAUCAUUAACGUAUUGUCUAGUUUGUAUUGUGACGUACACCCGCGGCACCGGUUGGCAAUCCUGUAUUAGCUUGACGAUUAGGAGGUGUCGGACACAGGAUUCCCCCCAAUUUACCCUGGAAACAGGACCACUAUUGCGUGUCGCACGUGGGCAGAUAAGGGACAUUUAUGGUACUUGCCAGAAAAAAAACAGCACCUACAGGUCUGCAAUUGUAACACUUUACAACUGGAAGUAAAGGCAGAGACAGGGCAGGGAAUAUUAUUAUAAAUUGACGCUAAUAGAUAUGAGGCACGAGGCUAAGUUGGAAGCUUCUAGCUGAUGAUUCUAAAUAUGCAGCCCUAAGAAAGUUGAGAGAAACGGACACGGUGGAGGAACUAGUUCAUGAGAUGGGCAGAUACAGAUGGGACAUAAUAGGUCUGUGACGAAAUGAGAUGGAAAAACUUUGGAGAAAUAUCGACUCAAUAGGGCCACAUACUGUAUUUUAGUGGACGGAAGGACACACACGAAAAGGGAGUUGGAUUCCUCGUCCACAAAAACAUUAAGAACAGUAUUAUGAGCUGUCGACCGGUUUCGAGCCGACUCAUCACUUUUCGAUUAAGGGCAACACCGUUCAACAUCACCAUCGUGCAGACGUAUGCACCAACUACAGAUUAUAAUGACGAAGAUGUGGACGACUUCUACAAACAACUACAGGAUGUGCAAAACCAAAAACCCAAGAAGAAAGUUCCUGUUUUUCAAGUUGAUUGGAAUGCCAAAAUAGGAGAAGUUGGCUAUGAAAAUGGGAUAGGGAUGUACGGACGCCACUGUAACGCAACUUCAAACGAGAGAGGUCAGAGGCUCUUGGAAUUUGACGGCAUCAACAAAAACAUGUCAACACAUUGGGUGCACAUAAAACGUCCAGGAAAACGAAACGGCACAGCCCAAAUGGGCCACCAUGAGGCACAACAACAUCAACAAAAACCUCACAAAUAUGAUAUGCAACCUCUAUGAUAAGGCCACCAGUUCAGUCUUCCUCAACAACAACAUCGGAGAAUGGUUCAAGACCACGGCUGGAGUACAAGGCUGCUUGCUCUCCCCCACCCUGUUCAACAUCUUCCUAGUGAGAAUUAUGUCAGAUGCUCUGGAACCGCAGGAAGGGACAGUCAGCAUUGGUGGCAGAUCAAUCACUAACCUCCACUUUUCGGACGACAUAGUCGGACUGGCUAGGAACGAAACGAAACAGCUAUCCUGGUAAAGCGUCUCGAUUAGACCUCAUCGUCUUACGACAUGCUAAUCAGUGCUGAAAAGACAAAACUGAUGAGAAAAAAAAACACAGGCAUCACCAGUGAACUUAAGGUCGGGGAGAAAAGACAAGAGACUAUAGGCUGCUUCAAAUACCUAGAAGCAAUAGUCUCAGAAGAAGGCUCCAAGCCCAAACUGAUGUCAAGAUUGCGCAGACUAAAACAGCACUAAAGAGGCUCAAGAAAAGAUGGAAUGACACAAAUAUAGCCCCCAUUACAAAAAUGAGGCUGAUGUGCUCAUUGGUCCUCUGCAUUUUCCUGUAUGCCUGCGAAUCCUGGACAUUAGCUACCAAUUUUGAAAGGAAAAAAAAUGCGAUGGAGAUGAGAUGCUUCAGAAACAAUUUUGGCAUAUGCUAUAGGGACCAUAUCUCCAAUGAUAGAGUGAAAAAAAAAGGUUUGCCAGGCAAGUGGGGAUUACGUUGACCUAGUGGUAACUGUGAAAAGACCCAAACUACAUUGGUACGGCCACGUGACAAGGAAAUAAGGGUUUGCCAAAGAAAUAUUGCCGGGCACCACAAGAGGAGGAAGAAGAAGAGGAAGACAAAGAAAAAGAAUGGAAGAAAAUAUCAAAGAGUGGACAGGAAUAACACUGGGCGAUGAUGUGCGUGGCGCAGAAGAUAGAGGCGAAUGGAGGAGGAUAGUUCACAUGUCAUCUGUGGUGCCCCAACGGUCCAAGCACUGGGACAUAUUGAGGAUGAUGACGAAGAAAGCUACUCCUAAUCAAAAGCUACUUCUCAAACUAGUUGCGGGGUGAAACUCCUCUGUAGAACCCAUUUAAAUGUUGUCCGUCUGUUCCCCGGAUGGAUGAGUAGGAUAUGAUUGACGUUAGAGUAUCAUCAUGACUCCCUGGGAGAGUCGGCUGCGAAUGCUUUAAAGGCAUCAGUUUCGGUCGACUGGACAUCCCCGAGGGGGUGAACCUCCAUCUAUAAAUCUGAUUGAGUGGGAAUUGGUUGGCCUGAUCAGGACGGUGGAGGAGGCCCCCGCACGGUCCAGCAUCGGGGACAACAGGCGUUUGACUGUGCGGAUGUGUAUGGGGGGAAUUAAUUGCUCACGCUUGAACGCCCCCCGACGCAAUUUCACAAUGUUACAUAUUUAGUAUUUGGACGUUUUGUUUUUUUUGUCUGGCAGUCGUUAAUGGCACUUUGUUAAAGAAGACACAUUAUCACAUAGGGAUCGGUAUCCCUAUGGUGUCACGAUCCCAAUUGGAUUCAAGAUUCCAAAUGGUGUUGGGAUAACAAUGAGGUGGGAUAGGGAUAGUACUAGGAUUGAAAUAACGAGUGGAUCGGAAACAAAAAGUAUUGGAAUUCCACCAGUGUCGGUAUCCCUACGGGGUGGAGAUCCCUCUGAAUAAGGGAAUAACAUCAGAAAAUUGGAUCCCAUCAGAAACGGGAUACGUAGGAAUUUUUCUGGGAUAUGAACAUUUUUACAAAAGCAAUUAUACAUUUGUUUUUUUCUAAGAACAAAAUUAUUUCUUUUCAUUUUUUACAAUAGUUGUGUUUUCCGUUUACUGGAGCUAAAUUUAAAUGUUAAUUAACAGGCUGCAGAAGUUUUGUUUUUCCGAAUGCAAUCCCUUGCAACGCCGGAUAUAUUAACUAGUAUGUAUACAUAUAUAUAUAUAUAAAUGUAUAAAUAUAUAUAUGCAUAUUAUAUACAUACACAAAUAUUCAAUUAUAUUUAUUUAUAUAUAUAUAUAGAGAUAGAUAGAUAGAUAAAUAGAUAGAUAGAUAGCUAGAUAGACAGACAGACAGACAGACAGACAGACAGACAGACAGACAGACAGACAGACAGAUAGAUAGACAGAUAGAUAGAUAGAUAGAUAGAUAGAUAGAUAGAUAGAUAGAUAGAUAGAUAGAUAGACAGAUAGAUAGAUAGAUAGAUAGAUAGAUAGAUAGAUAGAUAGAUAGAUAGAUAGAUAGAUAGAUAGAUAGAUAGAUAGAUAGAUAGAUAGAUAGAUAGAUAGAUAGAUAGAUAGAUAGAUAGAUAGAUAGAUAGAUAGAUAGAUAGACAGACAGACAUAUCGGUUUUUAAAAAUAAUGAUAUCACUGCUCGACAUUGGUAUCGUACUAUUCAUUUAGGUUUUUUUUAAAUUGCAUCAUACGGCAUAAGACAAUUGUUUAAAAAAUUUUAGUCAAGUGUCAAAGUAUCGAGAAGCAUUAAUAUUAUCAUUACAAUUAAGAACAAAUGUUAGUAAAAAAUUGUUGCAAGGUUUUGUGGAAGAUAGCUUUGAGCAUCUGGGACCGGAUUGAUAGUGCUUAAUAUAAUUGUGUUCGUAUGUAUCAUGGAAGUUUUUCAUACAUUUAUCUUAAUAAAAUCACAUGUAAAUCAAAGUCCCCCACCCCCUAAAAAAAUGGAGGGAAAAAAUGCUAGCUUCUUCUGCAAUAAAUGUAAUUUAUUUAAUUAAUAUUUUAAAAUGCAACAUUGUUAAAUGUACUAAUUUGAACUGCACAAUCGUAGUUUCCCAUAAGCGAGAAACAUAAAACUGUUUCUUUUCAGAGAUGACGCCAAUAAGUUUAGGUUUUAGUCUUUAUCAUAGAAAUUAUGUAGACGUAUUUAUCAAAUUAGACUGCUCUUCAGAAAUAUCUUAAGUACUUUAAGUAGGAGAACUGUUAAAAAUUUAAACAAUAGGCUGAAUCUUCUUUAUUUUAUUGGGAAGUAGACGGUAUAAUAAUUUUUUCACACACAUGCUGAACUAUGUUAGGAGUAAUUUUAGAAAUGGAUAACGAAAUUAAUAAUGAAGGGCCAUGUGUACCUAAUUUGUGAGCCGUAUAAUGCGGUCCACUGCUUAAGAAGAAUGAGUCUAAAACAGAAAGAGCAAAGUGAGUCAGGGCUAUUCAUACAAGCAAGGCAAUAACCAGGACCAAAGCAUUCACAUCAAUCAAUAUUUUCCUGAUCAUAAAUUUAAAUAUUAGAAUUAAUUUAAAAACAUUUCAGAUACUUUGAGUUAAAAGUCAAAGAAGACCAUUUGCAUUUUGUCUAGUUUUUUCCCCUUUACAUUAAACUGAUCAAAAGUCAUUUCUUAACUUAAAAUUCUCUUUACAAAAACUAGCUAACAGUUUUUUUUUUUGUUUUUUUUUUCAAAAGUAAAGAGAACGCAAAAUGUACAAACCAACUUUAACUAUCACCGGAUGUGUAACUACAGUAAUCUAUCUUUAUAUCUUCAGUUGUAGUACAGGUAAGUACGCUUUGAUCUGAUUAAGUAUAUCUACAUUUUAAAGUAUCGUGAAUAUUGUGCACAUCCUACUAUAAUUAAAUGUAUAUGAAAACAUUUAUGGAUAAAUAACAUAAUCAUUCAAAUUAGAGUUAGGACGAUAAUUAUUUUAUUUAAAGUUAAAAUCAGGGCGUGGAAUCGAUCAUCACAUUUGCUAAAGGACAUUGAUUGUAUACUGUUUAUAUCCAAUAAAAACUUUUUACUAUAGUUGAUAAUUGAAAACUUGAACGAGAUUUUGCAAAAAAAUGUAUAUCAUACUCAUCACAAUUUACAAUUAUAUUUUUUUUUCCUUGUGCUUGUGUUUGUAUAAACAUACAUCUUGAACUCAUGGACUUAGGAAUUUCAGGAUAAGGAACCUACAGUUAAUAGCGUUAAAAAACUCAAACAUAUUAAUUAUUAAAUAGUAUUAUUGGUAAUCUCUUAUUUGUUAAUAUUCUCAGUUUGAAUUUUUCUUUUUAGCUAACAAAUUAUAUCGGUCUGUUUUUGAAUAAUCAGAAAUCCAAAAUAUGGCGAUGUGUUAAUGAUUUUUAGCAUUUAAUAUAAUUUCAUAAUAAUCUGUUCAUAGGCUUAAUAUCAUCUAUUUUAUUUUCAUAUUUUUAUGGAGUCCAGACUCCUCACAUUACGAACUAGAUCUAUUCACGACUUGAUGCCGUUUGAUUUGUAUGCCAUUGUUACAAUAUAAUUAUUUUCAUGCAAUUUUUACUCUUGUCUUGUUUACAAGACCUAUUCAUUUUUAAAAAAAAAUGGUUUUCUAACAAACAUACAGUUUUCCGAAUCACGGUUAUAUAUAUAUAUAUAUAUAUAUAUAAAUAAUAUAAAUAUAAUAAAAAUAAUAAUAAAGAUUAUUUAAAAAUCGCCUUUCAUCCCCAAAAGCUCGAAGCGCGGUAUAUAUCACACUGAAGUACAAAAUUCAACAUUACAAAAGUACAUACAAGAAUACCCAUUUUAAAAUCCAUUUUGACACAGGCAAAAUAUACACUUAUGCACAAUAUUUUAAAAUUCCGGAAAAUAUGUGGUCUACAUUACUGCAACCAGUUAGACCGGAGGGGCAACAGAAGUCUUUGUGUCCUUGAACGCGAAAAAGCGCGGGAACUAUAACCUUAUGAAAUCUUUAAUAAUUACGGCUUAUGAAUGUGUCCCUGAAGCCUACCGUAAAAAGUUUAGGGAGCUGUGGAAACGUGAUGGCCAGACUCAUGUUGAGUUCCUCCGGGAAAAGAAACGGCUCCAUGGACAAGUGGCUGCACGCAACCAACACUAAGACAGACUUCAAAAAGUUUAAGAACCUCAUUCUGAUGGAGGAGUUUCAGGAAUUGUGUUCGUACUGAGGUGCUAAUAAAUAUUGAAGACCUUGGUGAAGGUGACGCACAUGAGGCAGCAGUGUUAGCUGAUGACUUCACUUUAUCACAUCAACUCUCAAAGAACCCAUCUGACACCAAACUGACAAGCACAAUAAGACAACAAAAUCAACUUACAGUAAAAUCCACAAAAAUUAUGCAAGACUUUUACAAAAGAAACACAUGCAAAAGACACAUGUGCCCACUGUAAAAAAGAAGGGCAUACGAGGGAUGAGUGCUGAAACUUCAAGAAGAAACAUGAGAAGACCACACAUACUGGUACACAACACAAAGUGUCCGUUUGUACGUCUCGUCAUUUAUCUGGAAACACAUUUUCAAAAUUCAAAAGUUGCUGCUCUCCAGAUGUCCAUACAAACUUCAUAGAUAUUUGUCACGACUCAUCAAAGAGUUUCAAUAUGAACAAUAAGGCUAGUUUUACUGACUCCAGCCAAGUUCCUGCUUCGACUGCAAGUUGUAUGAACUUGUUGCCAAGAUUCUUUUGCUCCAAGAAGAGGUCUACCUUCAGAGGAUGUCUUAAUAAGGACUUGUGUACAAGUUUUGAUGACCCUACCCAGAGUUUUACUUCCUCUACCCUAGCCGAAUCUUCUCAAGACUCCAACACGAGUUCAACUACCAAGAUCCAAACUUUUACACCAUAAAAUACUGAUGACAUACAAGACGUCCUGUUUUUCAUAUCGGAAGGAUUCGUAUCACUGCAAGAUGAUUUUUACAGUCUACGAAAAAUCAAAAUCUUAAUAGAUACAGGUGCUUUGCAGUCCUUGCUACUUCAUGGUAUACUUCCCUCGUCUGAAUCUACCGCUACUGGGAGCAACAUCCUCUUACGAGGUGUAGAGUUGGGAUGCAUAGAUGUACCUUUACAUCUCAUCAGCCUCAAAUCAGACUUAGUCUCCGGACCUGUGGUUGUGGGUGUCCGACCAAAAUUACCAUUGGACGUCAUCUCGUUGCUGCUAGGCAAUGACUUAGCUGGUGGGAAGGUAAUAGCAGAAAGAAUCGUGACUCAUGCACCUUGUUUCACUGAAUAUAAGGAAGAAGAUAAAGAAAUGUAUCCAGCAUGUGCUUUAACAAUAUAUAUAUUAUAUAUAUAUAUAUAUAUAAUUAAUAAUAAUAUUAAAAUUGAUCAUUUUAUUUUUUGUUGGUAUUUUUUUCAAUUUUAUUUCUGAAUAAAAUAGUCAUAAAAACCUAUUUUAAACAUUCAAUAUCUUAUUACUAAUCUACUCACAAAACCUGUAAAUAGCAAUGAAGCACGCACCAAAAAAAAAAAAAAAGAAACUUUAAUUAUUUUUUUUUAUACGAUUAUUAAACAUAUUAAUUAUCUCAGCUAUUUAAGUUAUCUUCUUAUAAUUUAGGAGUAUCGCUUAAGAAUAUUUUAUAACCUACAUUUUAUUUUUUCGUCACUUAGUUCAAGGCCAAUCAGUGACCCUAGAUCAAACUUCUGUAGGAAGUGUUUCUACUUGUUCAAGUGGUCUAAGAGAUGGACUGGACUUUUAUAUAUUUAGAGGCAUUGUUGAUGCUACAACAGCAAUGUUUUCAAACUUUAUUGAUUUUUCUAUCAUGACUGAAUCUUCAAAUAGUUUUCAAUAUGUAAGUAAUUAAAAGAAUUAUUUCCUGUCUUGUAUGAUUUUACAAAGGGAAAAUGUCUUAGUGGAAAAUUUUACGUAAAAACAAAAGUAAUGAAAAGAAUAAUAAAUGUACAGUCCCAAUGUAUAAUCUCAAGCAGUGUUUCUUUCAGCAACGGCGUAGCUAUGAGGAAAGACGGGAUGCGGACCGCUGCGUUUGACACCAUCUCAGUUGUGAUACUAAUUGAAAAGUUCAAUAUUUAAAGAGUACAUACUGCUUGGUAGAUUCGCAUUUCAGAAAAGGAUAAACGAUCACACGUAAAUUUUCCUCAUACUUAUCCAAUUUGUGCUUUACUAACUUUUAUCGUUAAGGGUUCAACAAUGAGGCGAACCUAUAAUAAGAUCAGGAAAACAUUGCUUUGACCACGAUUCAAUGCUGAUCGAAGUGUGCGUUAACUUUCUUAAGUGACAGUAAGCUAUAUGUAUCUAAAUUCUGAGAAAUAAGGCUAUCCAGUGGUAUUAAACGCAAUGUUGUCGGGCGAUUCUAACAUAGUAGUUUUAAUGUAAAAAUAUCUCUGACAUCAUAUUGUAACAGCUCUUAAAUAAGUGUACCUCCUGACGUAUAAUUAAUUUGUUUUUAUUAUUUACAUUGUUAGACUCUAGACUUAUUUUUAAAAAAAGGCAAUCCAUCUAGGAAGUCGGAGGGGGGACGUCGGGAGUUUACUGCACUGGUUGACACCAAACCUAGCUACGCCAUUGUCUUUAGGCAUCAAAAAUGUUUACAAAGAUAAAUCGAACAUAUAAUUUAUUUAAAUAAACUACUAAAUGUUCAUUAUUAAAUCCUUUACACAAACUUAUAUUUUAUUUAGUGCUAACUGCCUGUUUAGCAACAUUUUCAGAUAAUGUAUUGAUCCUAUUCCAAUCACUAUAUUAAGCUGAAUUUUUGCACAUAGACACAAUUCUAUGACAACAUAUUUUAUUAAAUGUUCAGCCCACUGCCAAAUAUAUGGCAUCCUUCCAUCUUCGCGAACAGGGAUUUUGUUCAGCUGUAGAUCGGGGGGGGGGGGGGUCGUAGUGCCCCCCGGGAAAAGCCAAGUGCAUCCCCGGGGCUAAAAUAUGUCCAAAAAUAAACCAACUGCCACUACUUGCACUCCCCCCUCCCAACCAAAAAUUUGAGUUGUCCCCUCCCCCCCUGAUCGGGGGGGGGGGUCGUAGUGCCCCCCGGGAAAAGCCAAGUGCAUCCCCGGAGCUAAAAUAUGUCCAAAAAUAAAUCAACUGGCACUACUUGCACUGCCCCCUCCCAACUAAAAAUUUGAGUUGUCCCCUGCCCCCCGUGGGAAAAUUUCACGAGACGAUGGUGUAGCUUUGUAGGAGACGGUGCUUCUUUCAUCGUUAUAUGCGUUUAUGUAGACUAAUAGACAGUCCAAACUCUUAACAAAAGUAUGAUAGACGAUCAACCAGCCCAUGAAGAUUCACACCAAACCAACCUCUAAAAAUCGGGUUUUCCUGUUUUAUCUAUGGAAAUGAAGCACAUUAUAAUUUCAAGAAAUAACAUUCUCGACCACUGCGCUCAUUAAAAAAUUCUCUCAAGUCUAUUUGAGGGGUAAUAUUUUCUUUCGUUUCGUCUGAAAUAGUUUGUGAUAAAAAUAAGCGAUUACAAUAUUAAUAUUGUUUGGGGGCGUGAGAAAAAUGAGCGGUAACCAACCUAAGUAAUGGGGACUACUAAUGGAGAUUCUUAUAAAGUGUAUUUAUUUAUGCAUUUUUGUCGAUUUUUCAAUCCUAUCCUGAUUGCUUAAUAUUACAUUGUAAAAGAAUUUAUACGAAAUACUUUGUUUUAAGAGUUGUUUAAUUAAAACUUAAUAAAAAUAAUGCGAAACAAGAGAAUCAAUUUAUUGAUGACAUAUUCAAUAUAUUGGAUGAACCAAAUAUUUAAAACAAAUCAAGGCACAGCAACCAAUUCAAAAUAUAUUUUUUUUAAUACGCUGUCCAAUCAUUUUAUUUUCAGACACGACGCUAUUUCCCAUUGUUCACAUAUUUAAAAAAUGUUAUGUAUUCAUUGUUUACAAACAGUAAUUCUUUAAGGCAUUUGUUCGUUUGGAGUAGAAAAUGAACCUCUCACCAAACCAACAUGAAUACCCAGCAAGUCAGUUAAACUAUUAAAUGUUCUCUCUCAUUAGGUACCUUUACAAUCUGGCUGGUUGUUUAGUGAAUAAUAUAGCAGUAAUAAUAUGUUAUAGAUCAUUGUAUUCAGAAUUGAAUGAUCUAUUAUUUGAUACCAUUUAUGAGAUCGCAGUUAAUUUGUUUUUUUAUUUAUGGCCAAAAGUUUAAGAUUUUAGUUUUGCUAAAUUUUUAGAAAAACGUAAACAUAACAUAAACAGGUAGAAGCAAAAAAAGUUCAAAUAUUUUUUAUAUUCAUUAAUGGCAUCCAUUUGUACAACACAUAUACAAAUUUCAAGCAAUUUUACCAUCAUUUGUAUUAAUUAUGCCACUUUAUAAUAUUAUAUUAUUAUAUUAUUAUAAUACUUCCUUUUUUUUUUUAAAGUCCAUUUUUAAAUUUUUUUUUUUUUUUUUUUAAAAAAAGUUAAAGAAAACCAGGUAAGUACUUCAUGAUAGAAAUACAAUUACUAUUAGCAAAUAAUAUAAAGCAAGGUGAAUAAUGUUUACAUGUUUUUAUAAAAAUUAUAAAACAUCGGGUAAAAAUAACAUAUCAGUAUGAAAAAUAAAAACUAAUUUUUUUCUUUUUUUAAAGUACAUUUUUAAAUUUUUUUUUUUUUUUUAUUAAAAAAAGUUAAAGAAAACCAGGUAAGUACUUCAUGAUAGAAAUACAAUUACUAUUAGCAAAUAAUAUAAAGCAAGGUGAAUAAUGUUUACAUGAUUUUAUAAAAAUUAUAACACAUCGGGUAAAAAUAACAUAUCAGUAUGAAAAAUGAAAACUACUUUUUUUCCAGAAACUCAUUUAUAUAACAAUGGCAGGAUAAAAUUUUCUCUCUAUUUUAUAAACAUAAUAAAGAUGUUCACUUUACAUUAUAUAUUGACUGUAAAUAACCAUUGCAGUUUUAGCAUGACAUUGCUAUUUUAUAAUCAUUCAUAGUGAAGUGGCAGAAACAUGUACAUUGUCAAAAAAAUUUUGUCACUGCCUGAUUAAUUCUAUUUAGGAACUAAAAAGAAUCAAGCCAUAAGAUCUUUUUUUCAUUUUUCAAGACAAGCAUUUUGUUUUCUUCAGAUUAAAAAAAAUAUGCCUAUAUACAAUCCUAACACUUGAAAACUAAAAUGAAAGAAGAAUUCUCUUACCAGUCUUGGCCGCCGUUGUUUUCUUCUACUAAUUAUAUUGUUGUUCACAUUAUUUGUAUUUUUUCCAAGGCAGAUAUCUUUUAUCCAAUAAGUUUAUCACGGUCCAAUCAACCAGACACAUUAGUUAAAUUUAGCUUAGCUUACUAUAACAGAACCAUUUAUAUUGUUUAAAUAUUGAAUCUGCCAGAGUCAAUAGUUCAUUUACCAUUGUAUUAUUCAUACUGAUAUUAUGUUACAUUUAUGAAAUCAGUAUGUAUUCUCUCCUGCUUAUUUUGAUUAUUUAUUAUGCUUGAUCCAGUAACAUAUUUGCAUGCACUUACUUUUCAUCAGGUACAGAUGAAAUUAACUGUACCUGCUGAUCAGUAGUUUACUAUGUUUUUUCUCAUAGAAGCAUACCAUAUAGUUAUAGGUAUGUAUGUUGGCCUAAAACAAAUUAUGACUUCCAUUAUCCAGUAAAUAAACACAUUCAUAUCCAGCAACAGAUCCCACAAAUGGGGCUUUUACGUUCUAAGUCAAAUGAAUGUUAGAAAAUAUUGUUUAUCAGCUGGAAUGUCCAGUAUUAAAAUCGAGUAGGCUUAGUUGCCAUAAUAUUGCAGCUGUAAUUAGUGUUUACAUUUACAAACAACUCCGGCCUUGUUGAUGUUAACUGAAUUUGAAAUGGGAUAAAGGUCAAUGUACUCCUUCUCUUGUCUUGUUUUAAACAGGUUUCAGUAAUUAGCUCAGGUCAUAUGACAGGAAUACCAGUGUCAUGAUGUUGGUUUGUCUAAUAUCCUAGUCAGCACUCUGAUACUCUGAAACUAUAAUCAAAUAUAAGCAUUACAUAUAGGCUUAGGUCGUAUAUUUAAAAAAAAAAACUGAACAAAACUAAAUACAUUAUUCAAUUAAAAAUAAUAAAAAUUCUAAAUUAAGAGACGUUUUUAAUCCAGACUAAAAUAUAGACCUAAAAUUCAUCGCCUCUUCUAAGGGCAUUCAAUGUAAACAAAGGAAAUUUCAAACAACUAUGACUAUGGAAAAAAAAAUAUAAUAAAAUAUGUUGUUGAUAUACAGAAAUAACAAAUGUCUAUAAAUAAGCUUAAAUAGUUAAUUUCAAUAAUUAUGAUGUCCACUGUUACAGUAGAUCAAUGUAAACGUAGUUUUUUCUACUAAUUCCACAAAAGUUGAGAGCGUUUUGACUCGCCGUAACAAAGAAAAUAAUCUUACCGUUGAUAGCAAACAUUCCAUCUGGAGAAAAUAAACAAAAUCAUCAGCAGUCAUGUCUUUUUCUGUUUUUUAUCGGACUAUUGGCACGUUUAGACUUUAAAUAUAAUCACCAACAAGGUUGGAAGAUAAAUUCGGAGACUAUUAGUCACCCAUCGCCAAACUUUUACAGCAUUGGCAAUAUGGCCGACAAAAAUCGCGUCAUUGACAAAAAAGAAGCACGAUGCUGGUGCUUUUUUUUAAUUAAAAAUCUAAAUUUACACUUAAAAUUGAUAUUUUUUAAAAAUGUAUCCAAAAAAUUAUAUUUGCCCGUUAAAAGUAACUUUGGUAGGUAAAAAUGUGCUUAAAAAAUCAAUGAAAAAUCCAUCACCCAUCCGUGGGUGAAUAGUCCAGACAUCGUACCUUGAGAUUAAGUUCCUGAGAAAAAAAAAGUGUUUAAAAAAAUAAGGACAAUAUUUUUAAACAAAACGAAAAUUGUCAUUUUUAUUACAAAAAUUGAACGUAAAAAAUUUCAAUUCAAUCUUAUAAAAUGAGAGCAAUGUUGGAAGCCAAAAAUAAUCUUUAACCAAUGUAUGUUUGAUGUUAUUUAUAUAUUAUAUUUAUACAUUUUUAUUUUGCAGCUUACCUAGGUUACAUACUUCCAAUAUUUUGGAAAGUGUGUUCAGAAAAAAUCAGAAUUUAAAAAAAAAGCUUUACAUUGCAUGAUAUGUCACUAUAUGUUGAAUUAAUUCUUGUUAACUAUGAAACAUUGCCAAUUUCGAUUUGUUUCAAAUAUAAGAUCAACACUUAAACUAGGACAAUGUCUGAAAUUUACAUUGUCAUCAUGUUUAGCAAACAUAGUAAUUAUUAUUAUUUUGUUACUUUUUUUUAAAAAAGUAUAAAAGUUGUCAUAUAUUAUUAUUCAACAAAACAUUUUUUUUUGUGGUACAACUUAGGAUAUGUUUACUAUGGUAAUUAUAAUUGGUACAAUUCUUUUUUUGUUUUUGACAAUCCUCUUUUGUAAGGAAAUAAAUAUUCAUUUUACUUAUUAUUAUUUCUUUUUAGUAAUUAAGAAUUUAAAAGAAAUAAAGAUUUUAAAAUAUAUAUUAAAACAAAAACACUAUUUUGUAAACACUUAAAUUAUAGCAUGUGUAUACGCACAUAAAUGUUAAAGAAAAAAUUGUUAGCUGUUUAGUUAACUGUUUAAUGAUGCUAAACUAUAUUGAGGUAUACGCUUGCGUUGAUUACUGUAUUUUUAUUUUAUCAAAAUGUCUUUGGGACGACUAUAUCACCCACUCUCAGCCCCAACUCGCAUUUGCCCGGGAGAUUUCAACAUACUUGAUUUCAGUUUUUACUCAUUUCCCAUGACUAUCAAUGACCCAGUGUGGGUCGAAAAUUAGUAAAAUUUAAAAAAAAACAAAAAAACACUGGUGUGUGCCACAACUGGAGCAAAUUCAAGUUAUGCAUGGAAACGUGUUUUUAAUAAAUAAUUUGAGAUCUCAAAGAAGCCCAGAUUACAUAAAAUGUCCCCUCACUACAUCAAUUUUAUUUUUUCUGAAAGAAACGCUGAAUUUAGGUAUACGCAAAGCUGCAUCACUGAUAUUGAGUUUUAAAAAAAAAAAUUACUGCUGAGAGAUUUCGUCCCCCUUUUAUUUUUUCAGUAGUCGUGCACGUCCUAACCUUCUUCCCACCUAACCUACUCAAAGUGACAAAGUCUGCACCUCUAACAAUAAGUCACUGGAUGUUAGUAAUCAAGAUCAUUUUAUUUAACAUACAAAUGCAUUGGUUUCCGUUAACGUUUAAUAUAUAUUUGGACUAUCUGAUUGAAGUGAUAAAACUUACUUUGAGCCUAAAGCAUAUCCUCAACAAAAACUGAAUUUAGUUUAUGUUGCGAGAAGGUGUAACAUGUAAAUGAUCCUGGUCGCUUUUAUGCUUAAUUUUGUUCAUUUCCAGAGAUGUAGCUUGGGAAUUUGCAAUUCUGGGCGUGUGUAUACUUUUGCAAUCUCUUAACAACGAUUUAACUCUGCAGCAAUACUGAAAUGCGAAAUUUCAUCAAAGGAAAAAUAUCCUCCUGUGGGACGACCGCCAAUUGUGACCACCUAUCAUACUUCAUUGACAUUUCCCAACCAAACCUUCGAAAUGUGAUCCUUAUUCCGCUGCCCCGAAAGAUUAUCAGGAAGAAAUAAAUGUUUAGAUAAUAUACAAUAAUUAAAUACUAAAACAUUUUUUAAAAAUUAUUUUGUUUUUCUUUGACAGCAUACAUUUACCUCGAACGUCAAUAUUUUUUAUUUUUUUGACCAUACACGGGGAAGAAUAUUUUGAAAAGAUUUGGCUUAAAAAUUAAUUUUUGAGUGUAAAGAAAGAAUGAAAUAAAACUUUAAAAAAAUGGAAAAUAUGCUUUGACUUGUAAAGAAUUGAUGCACAUCUAUAAACUUUCAUUAUUUAAUUGAAUUAGUUUCAAUAUUUUAAUGAAAAAGUUUAUUCUUUUUAAUACAUGUUAAAAAUAUGUACUUCGUUAAUACAUCUUUCUCUAUUUUUGCGGAGCCUUUAUUUCUUUCUUUUUUUUUUUUUUUUUUUUCCUCCAUUUUAUACCCCUUUUUUUUUUUUUUUUUUUUAAAUAUGUACUUCGUUAAUACAUCUUUCUCUAUUUUUGCGGAGCCUUUAUUUCUUUCUUUUUUUUUUUUUUUGCUGCCUCCAUUGUAUACCCCUUUGACUGUUUUUUUUUUAAGACAUGUUCAAGGGACAGUAAGUUAAACAGUAUUUAACCCAAAUUACGUUGAGAGUGAAUUAGCAACCAAAAAAACAAACUUAUAAUACAUAAUUGUUUUCUAUUAUUUCAAAUAUUAACGUUGAUUUAAUUUGUUAUAACGUGAGACACAUUUUCUUUUUCAGUCUCCCCCCCCCAGUGUUUUAACAUGUAAACAUUAACUACAUCUACGAACAAUAUCAUAGGCUGACCUAUGUCUGAAGAAUACAGAACUUUUUUAAACGGCGAUUUUUGAUAUAUAUUUUAAAUCAUUAAUUGUAAUUAUAUAAAUAAUUUCCAAAUCGUAGUUAUGGUAACUAAACAAAUGUUUAGUAAUUAGAAAUGCUUAGCAGACUAAUCAAAAUGAUGCAAAUACCACAUACAUUUUCUAAACAAAUAUGCUUGUGGAUAUUUCUAUGUAAAAUAAAUUAUUUAUUCAAACACUUUCCCAAGUUUUAGAUGGUUAAAAAUACUUUACAAAUAAGAUUACAUCUGUUUCUAUUUGUCAAGUUGUGUACUGUCAGUUUGUUUAGUUGUCUAACACCAAACCCUCAACCAUGCUACUGUGCUGUACGGAAAGGGGAUGUAUAUGAAAUAGUUGCUAACAAAACAGCAACUCUCGCUUACAGUCGGGCUAUGAUCAGGAUUCAGUGGCAUAGUAGUUCUGGUGUUAGGAUUGUUAGCAACCAACUACAACUACCUACAAUAUAUGGUAAAUAUUAAAUACAUUCUUACUUUAUUUUUAGAAUAUUUUUAAAUAUGUUAUGAAUUAAUAUGUUAAUUUUUUUAAAACAUUAAUUCACCUUUUAAGUUGUAUUUUUAAAAACAGUCUUAUUUAUUCCAUACAUCUUUCAGUUAUUGUAUCAUUAUUAUUUUUUUUUUUUUGUUCAAAAUUUUAUUUUUAGCAAUUAAAUUAAUCAAAGACUUAAUUGUUGAGUAAAGUUAAGUAAGGAUUUAUAUUACUCUUAAAUAUAUGAACUUAAUCUAAUUGUUACCUUACGGUCUUUGAUAUUAAUAGUCAACUUUAUUUAAAGAGAACAUUAUCAUUAGCUUAAUCAGCACAUUUUACACGUGGUAUCUUUCGUUUGGUCGCACUCUUUCAUUGUAAACUGGUUUUUUUUUUUAUUUUGGAUGUUUUCUUCUUUGCAUUUAAAUAUGAUGGGUUUUUUAAAAAAUUUUAAUACAUAUAUAUAUAUAUAUAUAUAUAUAUAUAUCCUUUUUGAGAAAUUCAUCAAGCUGAGAAUUAUGUGACAGCAUUUGUGAAUAUUGUUUUUUUAUUUGUUAAAUUAAAAUGCUUGUAUUUUUAAUUUUUUUUUUUUUUUCUUGAUACGUUUAUAAAAUAAAUUGAUCAAUAUUGACAAACUUAAAGAUGCAGAAAAUGAAUUUUAUAUAAAAAGGGCAAUGUCUUAUCAUUUUAAUAAGGCAAUGAUUUUCUAGAUUAUCAAUAAGACUUGUUAAACGUUCAUUAGGAUUUCGUCAAACUUGCAUUGUUAUAUGUUUAGUGACAAUUAAACAAAAAAUAAUUUCAACAUAUUUUAUAUACAAUAAAGACAAAAUGUAGAAACAUUUUCUUAUCAAUUUUAUUUUAUUUAUACUAUUGGAACAGACCUAGCAAAAGUUUUCUUUCUUUCCCAGAUGUAAAUGCUGUGACAACCAGUGUGACAAUAAAUGAUGCUUACAUGUCAUGUCCAACAACAGUUACCUUUGGAUCAGUUUUCAAGUUUCAAUGUCUAAAUGCUCCAAGUCCUUGUGAAGUAACGAUUUCUCUAAAUGGAAAAGUGGUAGUAAAAAGUGAACACAUUGCUACAUACAUAGUGCCUACCAAUCUUACAUUAAAUUCGCGUCACAGUUUUACUUUUUCUUAUUCGGUUUGUGGAGGACAUGUAAAGUCUACCACAUGCCAAAUUACAAUAGUAACAAUUAUUGGUUGAAAACAUCUCUAAUGCACAAUGCAAAUUGUUAAAAAAAUUGCAAUUUGAUAUGUGGAGUACUUUGCUAGCAGGAAUAAUAUUAUUAUCUUAACAGUUUCAAGAAUUCAAUAUUUAAAGGAGAGACUUAUCUUAACAAAAGAGAUGUGUUCAUUUUUUUAAAGGAUUUUUUUUUUCGAUACAACUUUUUUUCAUUAUGAUUUUAUUCUCAUAAAGUGUUAUAAAAUCUUUUAGGCUGCAAAUCGCAAAGUGUGUUUGUCUAUGAAAUUCUAUUUAUAAAAGAUUAAUUGGGUUCAGGCAAUUUAAACACAUUUACGUAUUACAAUCAUCAAUAAAACAUACGCUAAAAAGAUAUAUGUACACAAUUGUUUAUAACAUCCUGCUUUUGUUUGGCUUAUUAGUGAAACUUUUCAGGAGAGUUAUGGUUUAGUGUUUUUUUCUAUUUUGCUACUAAGUAAAGUUAAGUUAUAUG